AUGGAUCCUCUUAGUGUCACUGCUAGUGUUAUAGCCGUUGCGACUGCCACGUUACAGAGCGCCAAGGCGGUCUACGACAUUGUCGAUGGACUUAUGGAUGCGCCACAUUCCGUUUCGCAAAGCAAGAGCCUUCUCUCCCAAAUCCAGACAACCUUAGGCACUCUGACACGAACACUCGAAACCAACUCAGCAUCCGGUGCGGUUGAUCCUGUUCUCAAGGAGAUAGGGCUCAACAAGACGCUGGAGUCGACACAGUCCCUUUGCCAAGAAUUCGCGAUUACCUUGACAAGAUUUACCAGCCAUUCAACGGAUUUGCGUUUCAGCACGCGCGACAGAUUCAUUGUGCAGUUUAACGAGUCGAAGAUAAAGAGACUGAAUAGGGACUUAGCCGACUGUCAGAGGACAAUAACGAUGGUUUUCUCCUCGAUUACGCUUAUCAUUUCCUACCUCGCAUCCGGGAAUAUCGAUCAGCUUCGGACUCAAUUCGACACACAGGAGCGGGCUCUGGCCGACCUAGGCGCACAAUUAUCCACGAGAGAAGCAGAAUCACAAGCCAAUGACGACAGCACAGCCGCUGAUGAAGAUUCGAGCGCACAGUUGACGGCUAGCCUUCGAGAUGUCUGCCAAAAGACUCUGUCGGCAACCCGCGUACGGCGAACCGGGCAGAAGUUUAGUGAUAUGAAGACAGACGACCACUCGGUCGCUAUGCAAGGGAUAGUUGGUGUGGCACAGCCAGAUGUGGACCAGUCGUUCGGCAGCCUGACGACAACCACGAGCAGCCGCGCAUUUCAAGGUCAAAUGGAUUCAAGCUCUUUUGGCAAGCUCUUCAGCAAAUGA